UGAUCAUAUAAGAGGUCCUAAGCGACACAUUCCUCUGCAGUUUACAAGUGAAGCUACGCUGUGGAUGAUGGAUUGUUCAGAGGAGGUUCAGUCUGUGUCCGAGGAGCCCAGCGCUCAAAUGGAGAUUAAAAAGGGAAUGUCAAUCUUCAUUGAUAUUUUACGGAGGGCCGAUAAAAACGAUGAUGGGAAGCUGUCUUUUGAUGAAUUCAAAUCCUACUUCUCUGAUGGAGUCCUGACAGCCGAGGAACUGAAGGAGCUCUUCCACACAAUUGAUACGCACAACACAGACAAUGUGGACACGGAUGAACUCUGUGACUACUUCUCCCAGCACCUUGGUGAAUACGAGAAUGUCCUUGGUGCCUUGGAAGACCUGAAUAUGUCCAUAUUGAAGGCGAUGGACAAAACGAAGAAGGAUUAUCAGGAGUCCACCCACCUGGAGCAGUUUGUGACCCGCUUCCUGCUGAAGGAGACAACCAAUCAGCUUCAUUCACUUCAGAGCUCGCUGGAGUGCGCCAUGGAAACCACAGCCGAGCAGACCCGCCAAGAGAAACAGGGCCCGUUGAAGCCGGAGGGUUUGUCCAUCCAGUGGUCGGGUCGUCGCUCUAAUCGGAGGCUUCAGAGGAACAGCAGCCUCUCCCCCAACAACCCUCUCCUCAGUCUCGUCAAUUCAGGUGUUUACGACGAAGACGGCCAGUGGAUAGUGCAGGUCAACCGGCUGCAGAAGCUUAUCGACCGUCUGGAACAAAAGGAGAUCCGCCUGGAGCCCGUUGAAGAGGAGGUCCUGGAGAGCAAAGCGCACAUCCUAAUAGUCCAGAGGCAGCUGUCGGUGCUUGAGGAGGAGCUGGAGGAGUUUCGUGUGGCUCUGAGGCAGUACAUGGAGUGUGCUUGUGCCCAGACCGGAUGUCUACACAUCGCAGUUCAGCGGCUGGCAAAUGAAUCACGCUUCAUUCUCUAUGAAUUCUGGGAGCACAACAACGUGUGGAAGAAUCACCUACAGACCAACUACAGUAAAACCUUCCAGAGAGGGAACGUGGACUUCCUGGAAACUCCAGAGAUCAUAACCACCAUGUUGGUUCCUGCCUCGUGGUGGGUCCUCAACAACAACUAAAAAGGGCGCCCGCCGCCGGAUUUCCGCUGAUGGGUGCGAGGAGUGAAGCGGCCACCUGUCGGCACAUCUGGAAGCCACACACGACAGCAGCACAUACACAUGAGACAACUCAACACAGCUUGUGAAGUCAUGGUGUUUAGUACAGAUUUGAUGACGUCCAUGUUCCUUCAUAGUUUAGGUGGAAGCUGAAACAGCCCACGCAUGUGUUUGUCUACACUCUGGCAUCCUAAAAGCAAUGAGCUCAUCAAUGAGCGACCCAUCUGAUGACCUGAAAUCCUCCUCACUUGUGUUUGACAUCAACAUCAGCGUAGUGUGUGUGUGUGUGCUUGUAUAGCUACGUUUGUGAGGAUUUAAAAGGAGGUUUUUGGCCUCACUGCCUGGUUUUAAUCUACAAGUUGAGUUCAGGUUGAGGUCACUUUUAAUCAUUUAGUUGUGCUGAUUAGCGUGAAGAGCUAAAGAAUUUAUUACAACAGUGACAUUCCUCACAAAUGCAGCCAUACGAGCACAAAAUGUGUGUUUGAAAGACAAAGUAAGAGACAGGGAGAGAUUAAUUGUAGCAGCCUCCAUGAUUCUGUUGUUCCUGUAUUUAAUGUGUCAAACUGAAAUAUAAGUCUUAAUAAAAAUGAUAUUGUUGUG